CGCGCCUCCUGGUAAAUGUAGUCUAAUAACAGGGUCGCUUCCGCCCUGCGAUAGGUGAAGGAAUUCUCUCAGCAAAGACAAAUCACAUGUGAAAUUAUUGAUCAGAAUUGUUUGGAUUUAUGGAAACAUGUCAAAGAAACGGGGCAGGAAGCGUAGCAGUGGAGAGCUGAGUGAAAGCUCGGCGUCAACCCUGAGCCCGGACCCGGAUAACCUCCUGGGCCGCAGGAUUCAGCACACUUGGAGGGAGAAGGGUAGUGUGACUAAAUGGAAAGGCACCGUCCUGGAGCGCCUUAGUGUCAACAGCUCCCUCUACAUGGUGAAAUAUGACGGCUUCGAUUGCGUUUAUGGCAUCGAGCUCUUCAAAGACAGCCGAGUGUCCAACCUGCAGGUUUUGGCAGAAAAAGUUGUAAACAAUAAGAUCAAGGUGCCUCCUGGGGCCGAGGAGCUUGUGGGUCGAGCCGUGGAGCAUCUGUUUGAGAAGGAGGAUGGGGAGAAAAACGAGUGGCGAGGCAUGGUGCUGUCCAGAGCCCCCGUCAUGACCCACUGGUAUUACAUCACCUACGAGAAGGACCCGGUGUUAUACAUGUACCAGCUGUGGGACGACUACAAGGACGGAGACCUACGUGUCCUGCCUGAGUCAGAGAACAAACACCUGCUGCCGGCAGACAGGAAGCCAGGCGAGGAGCCAGAGAACCUUGUGGGUAAACAGGUGGAGUACGUCACCGAUAACGGCCUGAAGAGGACAGGCCUGGUCAUCUACCAGGUCCCGGCAAAGCCCACCGUUUAUUACAUCAAAUAUGACGACGACGUCCACAUUCACGUCUACGACCUGGUGAAGACCACCUAGGAACUGACUGUCCCUGUUUCAGCAUUUCACUUUAAGUUGGCUCUGGCCUGUCGUUACCUGGUCAAGUGUUAAAGAUGGAAGUUUUUCCGAAGCAGGAAGAGAAAUAUCAAACAUCAAGACCCAAGAUUUUUUUUUCUUAUUCCCCUACCGACUUGCUUUACUCUCAUAUUACAACACUUUUCAUCUAUUUUUUUAAUUAUUUUUAUUAAUCUUCAAGUUAAACUUGAUUUAUAACAAUUAUAUUUUUUUCACUGUAAAUAAAUCAUGUCUUAAGACCAACAAGUGAAGUGGAGCUAAACAUGUGCUUUAGUUUAAUCCCAUUUUUUUAUUUCACUCAUAAACUCCACUUUGACUCCUAUAAUAAACAAAUCAAAGGAAGAGACGGUAAUUUUCCUGCUUAUCCAUCUUUGUUUUACUCUGACUUCAUUUCACAUAUUUAUUUUCUUGUGGUGCAUCUUGCCGUGUUUCUGGUACCAAAACAGGAACUCGGCUGUGCUUUAUGUCACUGAGUAAGCCUCAGUAUGUUCAAUAUUGAAGUAAAACUCGUUAAUUAUUGUGAUCAUUUUCUCCAUCCCAGUGAACUCCACUUUGAGUUGAAGUGUGACUGCAUUCAUGAGACUGUGUCUCAAGUUGUGAAUAGAAAACAGAGUGAUCUUAAAAAAAAAGAAGCAAUGUAUCAUAUCUCUGUUUAGUUUCAUCAUGUAAACUGUAUGUUUUCUACACUAUGAUCGUGUAUCAGAAAUACUGAUGUUCAUGUGGGGCUGUUUCAAACUGUUUGUGCUGCACACUAUCUAGUUGGAUUUGGCUACUUACAUUGCUCAGUAUUUUUUAACUUGCAUCUUUAGUAUUUGCC